AUGACCCCGGAGGAGGAAGACUCCCAGGCAGGGCCCCCAGAGCGGGUGCGUAUCCGGGUGGAGGAGCAGUCGUUCUGUGUGGAGAAGACCCUGCUGGUGGAGAGCAGUGAGUACUUCCGUGCCCUCUUCCGCUCGGGCAUGAGGGAGAGCACGCAGGAGGAGAUCGGGCUGGGGGAGCUGAGCGCGGCCGGGUUCCUCGCCAUGCUGCGGGUGCUGGAGGGCGAGAGGCCCAUCCUUGGCAGCGAGGAGACCCUCCAGGCAGUGGAGUGUGCUGCCUUCCUGCAGGUAAAGCCCUUGGCCAAGUACCUGAUCCACUCCAUCAACUCCGACAACUGCAUCCUGCUGUACCAAGCUGCUGCCAUAUUCGGCCUCCUGGAUCUCUUCCACUGCGCCGCUCUCUAUAUCAGGGACAGCUAUGCUGAGCUGGAGGAGUACCUGGACUGCCUCUCUGAUGACCUGCUGGCCUAUGUGGAAGCCCUCCUGCCCAGCACCUUUGUGGCAGUGGGAGCCCACACACCCACCUUCGAGUUCUUGGAGGACCUGUCCAGGACCAUCUGCUACCUGGACGAGGAGACCAACACGUGGAGGACCCUCUCCUGCCUUCCGCUGAGUGCCAGCACAUUCCUAGCCGGCAUGGCAACCAUGGAUAAUAAGAUCUACAUCGUGGGUGGCGUCUACGGGGCCAACAAGCAGGUGGUGGAGAGCAGCUUCUGCUAUGACGCUGACGCCAACGCCUGGAGCGAGUUCCCCAGCCCUCACCAGCUGCGCUACGACGUCAGGCUGGUGGGCCACGAGGGCUUCCUCUACGCCAUUGGGGGGGAGUACGAGAAGAUCUCACUCAAGUCCGUGGAGAGGUACGACGUGGCUUCCAGCACUUGGACGUUCGUCUCCGACCUGCCGCAGCCCAGCACGGCGGCACCCUGUGCCCAAGCCCUCGGGCAGAUCUUUGUUUGCCUGUGGCAGCCACUGGACACCACCGUCAUCUACGAGUACGAGACCCAGCGGGACGAGUGGCUUCCCGUCACCGAGCUCAAGCGGCACCAGAGCUACGGGCACUGCAUGGUGGCCCACCGUGACAACCUCUAUGUCAUGCGCAACGGCCCCUAUGACGACUUCUUGCGCUGUGUCAUCGACUGCUUCAACCUGACGUCGCGGCAGUGGACGGCCCUGCCUGGGCAGUUCCUGAACAGCAAGGGAGCCCUGUUCACUGCUGUUGUCAGGGGGGACACCGUCUACACUGUCAACAAGAUGCUGACACUCCUCUACUCCGUGGAAGACGAGACCUGGAAGCAGAAGAAGGAGCGAGCAGGUUUCCCACGCAGUGGCUCCCUGCAGACCUUCCUCCUGCGGCUGCCAAGACGUGACCAUGACAUCGCGACGUAGGUGGUCCCCCAUACCAUGUCAGGAUGCUCUCCUUGCACGUGGCUCUGCACUUGCUGCUCCCCUGGGCUCCUCUCCUCCUCCGUGGAGUUGUGCUCAGGUCCAGGGAUGCCUCAUGUUGGACCCUGGAGGUGACACUACACCCUGCCAGAGGGGAAGGGACUGCAGGCAGUUGCUGCUGUGCCUGCCUGCCCUGCACGAGUGCAAAGUCCUGCCAGACGUGGGCUCAUGAGCCAACUGUGUGCGUGGCUUCAUGGCUUCUGCAGAGAACAGGUACCAGAGAGGUGCAAACAGGGGGUUUAUUUAUUCUGACUACACUCUGAGGGUGUGCAGGACUCCACCUCCUCUCUUCCCUGAUGGGGAAUCAUUCAUUAUAUCUCAGAAUUAAAAGGAAACCUAUAGAAAAGCUUCUCAUUACAGAAUUUUCAUUACUCUUGGGUUUGGUUCCCCCCUCCUCCUUCUGAAGGAUAAUACCUCCUAACAGAGAUCCAUGUCAGGACUCACUCCUGCCCCUGAAUGCUUUUUCAGCUGCAGCUCCAUUUCAGAGCCGUAUGUGGGAGUGUGGUUCCCACACAGCCCUGUGCUCCCCUGGGAUAUCUCCAUGGCCACAGCAGGGUCCUGGGAGGAGGAGGGGAGAUGGGCGGUAAAGGAAAGCAGCUCCUGGGCAUUGGUGCUUAAUGCACUGAGGGUUUUCUGGGACCUGGGAACCAUCCAUCAUCCCCCCAAGCCUCAGCAAGACCCAAAGGGGUGGCAAGUGCUGGCUCUCGUCAGAGGCUUGUUUGAACCAAGUCAGGGUCUUUUGAGGACAUGGCAAAACUUGGAAGUACAGAGGGUACAAAAAGGGAGGGAGCACCACCAUUGCAUGGUGAUGCCAGGCUUGCAGAGCUCCAAAGCCAGAGGAGCUGUUCCCAUGAGAUUCCACUGCCUGGAGUGGAAGGUUGCUGACCCUCAGCACCAACUCUGGGGGUGGCUGGAGAGCACAGAGCUCCCCUCUGUGACUGCAGUGCUGGGGGACCAGGGCAGCAGCAAACCCAGACUGUGGUCAGCUGAUCUUCCAUCCAUGGGUCAGGCUUUGGGCUGCUGUGGUGUCCCGGCUGGGAUGGAGCUGAAGGGAAUACCAGCCAGGAUGCCUCAAAUACCUCCGUGCUGACCCUCGCCAAGUUCUCAGCAUUUUCAAAACAGUUCCCUCAUUUGAGAAUAAACCCACUCAAUGCAACCACAAACCAAAACAAACCAGAAAACCCCAACUUGCAACCAUGGCCAGAUGGAUGUGCCUUGUCCUCAUUUGUUCCCUGCCACUGGGCCAGGCUACCACUCUGCUGUCACCUGUGAUGGGACCACAGCCCUUGGAGGUGCAGGUCUGGCAGUGGCACAGGGGAGGCAGAGGUC